AUGGCUACCAGGGUGAAUCAGGGACGCUCCAUCCCCAAACUCUUGAAAUACAACUCCAAACUCUUCAGCCCUCCCCAAAUUCUUCAGCCCUACCCCCUACUCUUCUGCCCAACCCCCAACUCUUCUACCCAACCCCCUACUCUUCUACCCAACCCCCAACUCUUCUACCCAACCCCCUACUCUUCUACCCAACCCUCAACUCUUCUACCCAACCCCCUACUCUUCUGCCCAACCCCCAACUCUUCUACCCAACCCCCUACUCUUCUACCCAACCCUCAACUCUUCUACCCAACCCCCUACUCUUCUACCCAACCCCCUACUCUUCUACCCAACCCACAACUCUUCUACCCUACCCCCUACUCUUCUGCCCAACCCCCAACUCUUCUACCCAACCCCCUACUCUUCUACCCAACCCCUAACUCUUCUACCCAACCCCCUACUCUUCUACCCAACCCUCAACUCUUCUACCCAACCCCCUACUCUUCUGCCCAACCCCCAACUCUUCUACCCAACCCCCUACUCUUCUACCCAACCCUCAACUCUGCUACCCAACCCCCAACUCUUCUACCCAACCCCCUACUCUUCUGCCCAACCCCCAACUCUUCUACCCAACCCCCAACUCUUCUACCCAACCCCCUACUCUUCUGCCCAACCCCCAACUCUUCUACCCAACCCCCAACUCUUCAGCCCAACCCCCAACUCUUCUACCCAACCCCCAACUCUUCUACCCAACCCCCUACUCUUCUACCCAACCCUCAACUCUUCUACCCAACCCUCAACUCUUCAGAUUCCACUCCAAACUCUUCAGCCAUACCCAUAUCUUUUCAGCCCACCCCUCAACUCUUCAGCCCAACCCCCAACUCUUCAGCCCAACCCCCAACUCUUCUGCCCAACCCCCAACUCUUCAGCCCAACCCCCAACUCUUCAGCCCAACCCCCAACUCUUCUGCCCAACCCCCAACUCUUCUACCCAACCCUCAACUCUUCUACCCAACCCCCAACUCUACAGCCCUAUUUCUGGUGUCCCCUAUUGUGA